AUCGGUUUGUGUUUGUCCACAGCCAACAAAUGGCAGUUGAGUCUAGUGGCGGGUCAUUUUAGUUUGGAUUCAUAUGGUACAACUCUCAAAGCACAACUUACAAGUCUUAGUUCACAUCUUUCCCUUUUUUUCAGAUACUGACCGACUCACCCCUCAUCCAACCUCUCGCUCCUCCUCUUGUUCUUAACCAUUCCCUUCACUCCUCUCCCUCUCGCUCACACGCAAACACUGUGAACACACACUGGAUUUUGUUUAUCACAAACUGAAUCUUCUAUCACAUCAUCCAAUCAUCCAUGGAUAUUGAUUUUAAGGAUAAUGAAGCGUUGAUUCCGGUGAAUCAGAAUCACAGUCGCCACUCGGAUUCGGGAUCUGAUUCUGCUUUUAUCGGCUCAUGGGGAUCGUCGUCGUCGUCUUCCUUCCUUACUCCAUCGUUUGGAUCGGAACUUGAUUCAACCGAUGCAGAUCCAGAUGACGGCGGCGGCGACGACGACGACGACGACGAUUUCAUUGCUCAGUUAUCUCGGCAAAUGGCUGAUUACAUGCUUGAAGAUAAGGACGAUAACCGAAGCGAAGAAAAUCCGUCUUCGAAGGAUUCCGGUUUUCAGAAACAGAAUAUCCAGGAACCUACUUAUAAUCCAAAUCAGGAGAAGACUCGACGGAGCUACGCAGAUACCGUGAAGAAAUCAAUUGUCGGCUUUCAGUCGGAGCAAAGUCUAACCAACGAUAAACAAAUACAACCGCCCAUUCAACUGUAUCAGUUGGAACAUCAACCUCGAGUAGGGGGGCAGAGUGGUGCGUGGGGAAGAAAAGGUAAGAUGAGCGAGUUGACUCAGCACAUGACACCGCACCGUCCCGAAGUACAGAUGCAUGGUAACAAAGGUGUGAGAGGUAGCAAGGAGUUCAUCAAUGGUGGGAAGGGGUACCACGGUGUUCAUGGCUCAUCGACGGUGGCCGGAUCAGGCAUGAGAGCCAUUUUUCUCGGCGGGUCGGGCUCACAAAACGUCAUGAAUGGGACCGGUGUGUUUUUGCCUCGUUCAACAACAGACGCAACCGUUCAAGGCCGCAAAAAAACAGGUUGUUCAACUGUUUUGGUACCAACAAGAGUAUUACAAGCAUUAGAGCAACAUUUUAACAAUAUGGAGUCUCUUUCAUCUUCGAAGAAAUCUCAUAUUCAUACCAAUCGACAAGACAAUAACGAUAGAAAACAUGCGAAAGAGUUGUCAUCAACGGAUCAACAGAAAUCUAAACUCCCUCAAGAAUGGACUUAUUGAUUGUUUUAGAAAAAAAAAUAAAAAAAGGGGGAGGGGUGGGAUGUUGCUAAAAAGAUAAUAAUAAAUCAAUGGAUUGUUUUCGAAGAAAGGAUAAAAAUAAUAAUAAGAAAAUCAAAUGAAUGGAUCUUAUUGUUCAAAUAAUGUUGAUUGUAAAGGAAGGUGUCGGUAGCUUAUAUGUAGGGGUCAUUGAUGUAAUUAUAUUGUUAAAGAUGGUCCCCUUGUAAAAUAAAUACCAUGACGUUUUUGUUUUAAUGUGUUGGAAUGAAAUAAGUCAUUCUAAGUAGUUUUCUUUGUUUGUACAUUUCAAAUAAAUAAAACGUUAUUAUAUAUCUAUCUAAAUCUAAUCAAGCUGUUACUCACUUUUUUAAAAUAAUAAAUAUCUUAACAGAGUAUGCAAGCUGUAACGUGACACUCAUGAUGAUAUUGACAAUUCGUAAUCUUAAAAACUUAGAGUGGAAAUGGCAAAGGGGUGGGCCCUCAAACCCGUCCAAUAUCUUUUGGAUAUUUUAUCGGAGCGCUCCAUCAGCAUUCAGGGUGUCUUAUUCGGUUUAUAGUAAUCAAUAACGAAUUUUUUAUUUCGAUUUAUCGUACUCUUGUGUCUUAUAAAAAAAUAUAAAAAAAAAAUUACAUUAUUAAAAAAAAAAUACUUGUUUUAACCUCCGUUUUAAAUUAUAA